CCGGAGUUCAUUUACUCUUGCUAGGUAAAUCUGUGCUGAGUCCUUAGGGAAGUUUUAGCAGGUCUAACCUCUCCCCAGGUAGAUUCAAACCCCAGAAACUUUUUUUUUUUAAAACUUUACCUGCAAGGUGAACUUUCAGGGUCUAUUUUGAAUUACAAAAGGCUCUUCUUCUUCCAUUAAAAGAGUAUCUACUGAGCCAUGCUUCUGGUGUAACAGGGAGAUGUGAAGUACCAAGGAGGAGGACCUUAAGGCAGGGACACCUGCUUCUUCUUCUGAAAUAGCCAUCUUCUUGGGUAUCAGGAACAGGAAGAUGAAGGGGACUCCUAAACUGACCUUCCCAGGUGCUCCCACUCCAGUUGCUCAGAACCUGUUUAGGGCCAACACAUUUGGACUAAAAAAGAUGCCUGGAACUGCUGAAGAGUUAGGUGUGAAGCAGACUGGCAAUCCCACCCCACCAGACACCUAGGGAAGCUGAAGUUGACUGGCUGGCUUUCAUGCAGAAGGAGGAGUCAGUUUCCAUGGCAUGGACACAACACUCCGGAUGGUUAGGAGUGCCUGCCAGCACAGAGCUCCUCAAAUUUCACAGAAGACAGGCUGUUCUCACAUUUCAAAGCACUCACCUGGAGGGCUUACCACAACAAAGAUGGCCGGACCCCCGCCCAGAGUUUCAGAUUCUUUGUUUUCUGUCAUGGAAUUGGCCAAAAUGUCAGACAUGACAAAGCUUCACCAAGCUGUGGCUGCAGGAGACUACAGCUUAGUGAAGAAGAUUUUGAAGAAAGGUCUCUGUGAUCCAAACUACAAAGAUGUAGACUGGAAUGACCGGACCCCACUUCACUGGGCUGCAAUCAAAGGGCAAAUGGAGGUGAUACGGCUCCUGAUAGAAUAUGGAGCCAGGCCCUGCCUGGUUACUAGUGUGGGCUGGACCCCAGCUCAUUUUGCAGCAGAAUCAGGCCAUCUGAAUGUACUCAAAACUCUCCAUGUAUUGCAUGCUGCCAUCGAUGCCCCCGACUUCUUUGGAGACACACCAAAGAGGAUUGCACAGAUCUAUGGACAGAAAGCCUGUGUGGCAUUUCUGGAAAAGGCAGAGCCCGAGUGCCAGGACCACCGUCGUGCUGCCCAGCAGAAGGGGCUGCCUCUGGAUGAGCGUGAUGAAGACUGGGAUGCCAAGAAAAGGGAGCUGGAGCUGUCUCUUCCUUCCGUAAAUCAAAACAUGAAUAAAAAGAAUAAGAAAAGUAGAGGCCCCACCAGGCCCAGCAAUACCAAGGGGAGGAGAGUAUGAGAACUCAGCCUUAUGUUUUCUGGCAGGGAACUUUCCCUGGUGCCAGAAAUGAGGCUGUUAGGCAUGGUGGCCUUUCCAUGACUUUACUCAUAGACCCUUACCCACCUGGCUUCUGCCAAAAGCCCAUGGACCUGUCAUUAGGUGCUGUCCACAUGGGCUGUUGUUUCCCGGCUAGCACCUACUGUGUACAAUAAUUAGCAGGAGAGGACAAAACCUGCUUGCAUUUUGCCAUCAGUGGUUUGCACAGUGAGCAUCUUUUGUCUCCUGCCCCCCAACAAUGAUAGAAUUUCAGGGGACAAGGAAACUCUGGCAUGAAUUAACUUCAUCCCUGAUAAUGAACGAGAGAUAAUGUAAAAUAAUGAACAUGUGAUUAUAGGUAUACUUUUUCAACUGUAAAUUUGGGAAAAUUAAAUUCAGAUCAGAUAAUUCCAAUAAAAAAUUGCAUCCAAAUUGAGAUGCAAAAUACA